UUUUUUAGAGCGACACAAUUUCAAUGUUGAGUUGCGCAAGAGCGUAUCGUCACGAGUCAGUCGCCGGCGCGUACGCACGCGCGUUACUGCUCAUAAAUAAAACACGAGACGGCCACUUUCGUUGCGACUUGCGAUGUACAAAAAUGUAGAGAAACCAAAUCGAUGUGUAUUAUCUACGAGUACACACGUCUAUCGCUCGAAUGACAGUAUCAUAGACUUUAUCGUCUACAUAACGGAGUGACCUUAGCUCGAGCAUACUUUGAAAUAUAAUUAAAAACAUUGAUGUUAGUUGCCUGUGCGUUGAUUUCCGUCUUAUAUAACUAUCGGUUGUGUUUAAUAGAUAUGUAAAAUGCUCUUGUGGUUGCCUUUAUUUUCCUUUGUGUUAAUAGUGAUUAUUGUGAAAGUGUAUCUACAGUUGACGAGUGGAAUCUGUCGUUCGAAUGCUCACAUGGUCGGCAAGGUUGUCAUCAUAACGGGAGGUAGCAGUGGCAUAGGAUUAGAAACGGCUAAGAAUCUAGCGGAGCGCGGCGCUAAAGUGAUCAUAGCGUGUCGAAGUGUUCGUCGCGCCGCUAAAGCCAUAGAAGAAAUAAUCAAACAGACUGGUAACACUAACGUACACCAUAGACAAUUGGAUCUCUCUUCACUGAAAUCUGUACGUGAAUUUUGUUCGAAUAUAUAUAAAACAGAAAAACGUUUAGAUGUUCUUAUCAAUAACGCAGCAGCCGGUGGCCUUGGAAGUGGCAAAACUGAAGAUGGACUACAUAAAGGAAUGCAAGUGAAUUACUUUGGACCUUUCUUGUUAACUUGUCUUCUAGUACCUCUUUUAAAAUCUUCAGCACCAAGUCGUAUCAUCAACGUUUCAUCGUCUAUGCAUAAAUACGGUGAAAUGGACUUUGAUAAUUUAAACAUGGAAAGGUAUUGGAGUGACCACUUGGUGUACGCAAACAGUAAACUGUUCCUCAAUUUAAUGACCCUGGAACUAAGUCGAAGAUUAAGGGGCAUCAAUGUUACAGCAAAUUCUUUACAUCCUGGUGUAACUGCUACUACUGUCUAUAAGAACAUUAAAAAUUCUAUUAUUCGUGAAAUAGUUAAUACGCUUGUUAAUUUUUUAAACAAGGACCUGUGGCAAGCGUCGCAGACGUCUGUUUACUUGGCGGUAUCUCCUGAAGUAGCAAACAUAAGUGGUCGCUACUUUAGCGAUUGUCGGGAAAAACAACCAUCGCUUUUGUCGCAAGAUUUAGAACUUGCUAAGCGAUUAUGGAUCGAAUCAGAAAAUCUUGUCGAUUACAAGUUACCUAUUGAAUAAAACCGUUUAACUAAAAAAUG